AUGAAAGUGUUCAGGAACUUAAAACUUCUUCUCUGGAAGAAUUUCCUCUUAAAGAAGCGGAAGCCUCUGAUUACAGCUCUUGAAGUCUUGAUGCCAUUAUUAUUUUCUACAAUUGUAAUGUAUCUUCGUUUCAAUAGUUUGCCAAGAAAAAGACCUCCUUCCAACUACCAACCAAUUGAUAUCAGCUCACUGCCAGGAUUCUUCUAUCAUUAUCCUGUGAAAAACAAAUUUCAGCUAGUUUAUAUCCCUUCCAAAAGUGAAACUUUGAAGACUAUCACAGAAAUGGUGGAGAAAAGCUUUGAUGUUGAUUUUGAAGUUCGAGGCUAUCAUUCGGAGCCUGCAUUUGAAAGUUAUAUAAUUAACGAUCCCAGUGCUUUCUACAUACUGACUGGAAUUGUUUUUGAUCAUAGCUUCAACGGCAGCAAGGAUCCCCUGCCCCUCUCGGUCAGGUAUUCCUUGCGUUUCAGCAGCAUCAUGAGGAAUUUUUUAUUCUUGAGGGUAGUAAUCCCUCAAGAUUAUGCCGAAGGCUGGAGCACAUCCUUUCUUUAUCCUCCGAAUCCAGGCGAUGAGCCCCGGGAGCAGGCAUUUAACGAUGGGGGCAGUCCUGGAUACCACAAAGAAGGCUUCCUAGCCAUCCAGCACACACUGGAUAAAGCCAUCAUGUGGUACCAUGUUAGAGAUGAGAUGACCCGGAUGUUCGCUAACCUCAGCGUGCUGGUGAAGAGGUUCCCGCACGGGCCCUACAUCCAGGACCACUUCUUCCCGGUCCUGCAGAACGAAUUCCCACCGCUCCUCAUGCUCAGCUUCAUCUGCAUCGAGCUCACCGUCAUCAACUCCAUUGCCCUGGAGAAAGAGAGGAAGCUGAAGGAGUAUAUGUGCAUGAUGGGGCUGCACAGCUGGCUGCACUGGGUUGCUUGGUUCAUCAUGUUCUUCAUUUCUGUCUUCAUUGCUGUUUCAGUCAUGACAGUGUUGUUCUGCACAAAGAUGCCUGAUGUGGCCGUGUUCGACAACAGCGACCCUAGUUUGAUAUUUGUUUUUCUAAUGUGUUUCGCCAUUGCCACACUUUUCUUUGCGUUCAUGGCCAGCACAUUUUUCACAAAAGCCCACGUUGCAACUGCUACAGGAGGUAUCGUCUUCUUCUUAACCUACCUCCCGUACCUGUACGUCACUUUCAGCUACACCCAGAGGAGUCAUUUCCAGAAGAUCGCCUGUUGUCUGUUCUCCAAUGUUGCCAUGGCCUUGGGAGUCCGAUUCAUAUCCUUGUCGGAGGCAAAAGGUGUAGGGCUGCAAUGGAGGAACAUAGGCAGCCUAAAUGGAGACUUUAACUUCACUCAAGUGCUGCUGAUGCUACUGUUUGACUCUUUCUUGUAUGGCUUAGUGGCCUGGUACUUGGAGUCCAUCUUCCCAGGGGCAUAUGGUACACCCAAGCCCUGGUACUUCUUUGCUCGAAAACCUAUACCUCUUACGCACUCAAUGCUGCAAACUGAUGAUUCUGAGGAUGCUCUGAAGAACAAGUUUAUUCAAGAAGAGCCUGUUGGUUUGAUUAAAGGCAUUGAAAUCCAGCAUCUGUACAAGGUGUUUCACAAGGGAAGGAGCAAGAACACUGCGGUCAAGGACCUGACGAUGAAUCUGUACAGGGGGCAGAUCACAGUUCUCCUGGGACAGAACGGAGCAGGGAAGACCACCACCUGCUGCAUGCUCGCAGGUCUCCUCCCCAUUUCAAGUGGACAGGUUUAUAUCAAUGGCUAUGAAAUUUCAGAAGACGUGGUUCAAGUUCGGAAGAGCUUCGGCUGGUGCCCCCAGCAUGACAUCCUGUUUUAUGAACUGACGGUCGCAGAGCACCUUUAUUUCUUUGCUCAGCUGAAAGGACUGUCGCUCCGGAAGUGCCGGGAGGAAGUCCGGCAGAUGCUGCACACCCUCCACCUGGAGGACAAGCGGGACUCCCCGAGCAAGUUCCUGAGCGGGGGCAUGAGGCGCAAGCUGUCCAUCGGCAUUGCCCUCAUCGCGGGCUCCAAGGUGCUGCUGCUGGAUGAGCCCACCUCGGGCAUGGACACCAUCUCCCGGAGAGCCAUCUGGGACCUGCUCCAGCAGCAGAAGAGUGAGCGCACCAUCCUGCUGACCACCCACUUCAUGGAUGAGGCCGACCUGCUGGGGGACCGCAUCGCCAUCAUGGCCAAGGGGGAGCUGCAGUGCUGUGGGUCAUCGCUCUUCCUCAAGCAGAAAUACGGUGCAGGAUAUUACAUGACUUUAGUGAGAAAGCCUCAGUGUGACACAGAGGAGAUCGCUCGUCUGAUUUACCACCACAUCCCCAAUGCAGUGCUGGAGGGCAGCAUCGGAGAGGAGCUAACAUUCAUCCUUCCGAAAGCGAGCAUACACAGGUUUGAAUCUCUCUUUUCUGACCUGGAGCGGAGGCAGGAGGAGCUGGGCAUCUCCAGCUUCGGGGCCUCUGUGACGACCAUGGAGGAGGUCUUCAUUCGGGUUAAUAAAUUGGUAGAAUGCAAUACAGAUACCCAAGUCAGCAAGUUCUCAAUAAAUUCCCCGACACUGGUUAACAGAGUUCCUGUUGACGAAAUUAAACGUCUUCAUUCAAGGAUUUUCUCAGUGCAAACGGGCCUGCCGAUUGAGCAGAACACCGGGUUCCAUCUUUUCUGCCAACAAUUCUAUGCCAUGCUCCUGAAAAGGAUGCUGUAUUCUUGGCGCAACUGGACGAUGAUGCUCUCAGCACAGAUCCUGGUGCCUCUGGUGGUGGUUAUCUUCAGCCUCAUGUCAUUCAACCUCAGGGCACUAAGCACGGAGAAUGUCCCACUGGAGCUGACUCUGAAAGCACAUGGCCAAACUGUUGUUCCAUUCUUUAUCUCUCAGAAUUCCAGCCUGGGCUCACGCCUUUCAGAACGCUUUGCAGAUAUGCUGGAGGCUGAGUUACAGAUCCCUCUGGAGGUCUCAGGUCCCCUGGAAGAGUUCCUGCUGCGCAAGGCAGAGGAGGAACCCGAGGGCUUCAACACCCGCUACGUUGUGGCGGCUUCCAUUGAAGACACCAAAGGCCGCACCAUCGUGACCGCUUUGUUCAACAACCAGGCCUACCACUCCCCAGCCCUGGCUGUGGCUCUGGUGGACAAUUUUCUAUUCAAGCUGCUGUCUGGUGCCAAGGCUUCCAUUACUGCAACGAACCACCCUCAGCCGCAGACUGCCGCGGAGGUCUCCGAGGACAUCAUGUACCAGGGCCUCAAAGCACAUUACCUUGUUAUCAACUUGCUCUUUGGAAUGGCUUUCCUGUCUAGCUCGUUUUCCAUCUUGACAGUCAAGGAGAACUCCAGCAAGGCCAAGCACGUCCAGUUUGUCAGUGGCGUCCACGUGGCCACCUUCUGGCUCUCCGCCCUGCUGUGGGAUCUCAUCUCCUUCCUGGUCCCCAGCCUGCUGCUGCUGGUGGUGUUUCUGUGCUACAAAGAAGAAGCUUUCACCCACAAUGGAAACAUCCAGGCUGUCUUCCUGACAUUGAUGCUCUACGGCUGGGCCAUCAUCCCCUUCAUCUACUUGGCCAGCUUCUGCUUUACCAGCACUGGCAAUGCUUUUGUUAAGCUCAUCAUAACACUCACCUUCCUGAGCAUCGGCCCUUUCAUUCUCGUCUCUGUCACAAGUGAGAAAGAUCUGGGCUACACAACAGUCUCUGAGUCUUUGGAUGAUACAUUCCUAGUGUUUCCAGGCCACUGCCUGGGGAUGGCUUUUUCCAACUUAUAUUACAACUUUGGAUUCCAGAAAUUUUGCAAUGCCAAAAACCUGAACAAGAGUGAUUGCAUUCAAGCUUCAGAGGGAUAUGUGGUCCAAGAGAACAUUUAUGCCUGGGAGUCUCUGGGGAUGGGGAAGCACAUGACAGCCCUGGCCAUCCUGGGUCCCGUGCACAUCAUCCUGCUUUUCCUCAUUGAGACCAGCAUCUUGAAGAGGCUGAGAGCCAGGGUCUCUGGCUUCUUCAGGAAGCAAAAUUUGGUGAUGGCUCACAGCCUCGCGUUAGUGCCUGAAGACCAAAACGUGACGGCGGAGAGGAAGGCUGUCCAGUUGCUGUUGGGGAAUUUGCAGAAGAAUCCACUGGUUGUCAAGGAAAUGUCCAAGGUGUACUUCACGGAGGUGCCCGUGCUGGGUGUGGACAAAGUUUCCUUCACCGUUCAAGCAGAGGAAUGCUUUGGCCUUCUCGGCGUUAACGGAGCUGGGAAAACGUCCAUUUUCAAGAUGCUGACCGGGGAGGAGCUCAUCAGCUCUGGGGACGCCUUUGUCCAGGGCUUCAGCGUCAAGUCUGACCUCAGGAAGGUAUGGCAGCGCAUUGGCUACUGCCCUCAGAUUGACGCCCUGCUGGACCACAUGACGGCACGGGAGACGCUGGUCAUGUACGCCCGGCUCCGGGGCAUCCCCGAGUGCUACAUCAGGGCCUGCGUGGACCAGCUGCUGGAUGAGUUACUCAUGUACACGGCCGCCAACAAGCUGGUACAUACUUACAGUGGUGGUAACCAGAGGAAGCUGAGCGCCAUCAUCGCCCUGAUCGGAGACCCCGCGGUCAUCUUCCUGGACGAGCCAUCCACUGGCAUGGACCCCGUGGCCCGGCGCCUGCUCUGGGACACGGUGGCACGGGCCCGUGAGUCCGGCAAGGCCAUCGUCUUCACCUCCCACAGCAUGGAGGAGUGUGAGGCCCUGUGCACCCGGCUGGCCAUCAUGGUGCAGGGCCAGUUCAAGUGCCUGGGCAGCCCGCAGCACCUCAAGAGCAAGUUUGGCAGCGGCUACUCCCUGCGGGCCAAGGUCCGGGCCGACGGGCAGAAGGCAGCACUGGAGGAGUUCAAGGCCUUCGUGCACCUGACCUUCCCAGGCAGCGUCCUGGAGGACGAGCACCAGGGGAUGGUCCACUACCACCUGCCCAGCCACGGCCUCAGCUGGGCUAAGGUUUUUGGGACUCUGGAGCGAGCCAAGGAGAAGUACAUGCUGGACGACUACGCGGUCAGCCAGGUGUCCCUGGAGGACAUCUUCCUGAGCUUCGCUGGCCCUGUUCCCCCAGCCAGGGGGCAGAUGCCUGAGGCCGAGGGCGGGGAGGCAGGGCUGCUGUAA